CGCACGUGCCCGUACACGUUUCAUGUACAAUAGAAUAUAUUACGUAUAUAUAUUAUAUAGUAUUUAUAUGAUAUUAUACAUAUCAUUAAUAAUACUAUUAUUUCUAUUAUACUAGUGUGGAAGAUAACAAGGAGGUAGCCGAGAUGGCGGAGGAAGAAAACAAAGGGGAUGAGAAGGAGGAGGAGAAGGAGGAGGAGAAGGAGGAGGAGAAGGAGGAGCCUGAGGACAUGGAGGUGGAGGAGAUGGUGAAGGAAGACGACUACGGGGAGGAGCAGGUUGAAGACGAGGACGGGGAGGUGGGGCGGAUAGAGAAGGGCAAUAAUGGAGAGGAGCAGGCGGAAGGUAGAGAAGACGGAGAAGAAAGGAAGGUUGUGAGAAAUAUGGAGGUGGAAGACUACAACGGGGAGUAUGAGGAGGAAUAUGACAAUGGGGAGGUGAGGCAGAUGGACAACAAAGACAGCCGCUAGGACAAAAGAAGUUUGAAAUCCGAAAUUUAAAGUGUAAAAAGA